CAGUCAUUCUGACAUGUCACAUGUGAUGUCAUAGACAGCUGGAGGCCUGACAUUCCACUGACAGCCGCCCGAGCCUUCAGUCAGUUCCAGUGCGAUUAGUGAGAAUAGUGAGAUUAGCGUCUUCUUCUUCUACUUGUCUGAAAUGGAGCUAAAAGGACUGGGGUUCGUCCCCCUCCUGUUGGCGUUUUGGUGUGCGGCCUGGCUUGCCACCAGCUACAUCAUGAAGGUCGUCCUCGGCCAUGCAGCCUCGCCACUGAUGAGCAUCAGUGACGUGGGAAAUGUCUUUCCCGAAAGCAUAUUAUUCAGAAUUGGAUUCAUAGGGACGUCCAUUGGCACUUUGGUACUAACCUUUCUUAUUUAUAAGUAUAUGGUUAUGCAUACUGAAGAGUUCAGGGGUCAUCAGGUCCUGAUCCAGAGGAUCCUGUUGGCCAUUGUGUGGGCCUCCUGUUUUUCCACAGCUGUUAUGCAUGUAUUGUCCCCCGAAGAAUAUCCCAGGAUACACUUUGUCAGCAUGAUAAUUUCAAUUACAUGUGAAGCCUUAUACUACCUUGGGCAGUCCAUCCAGAUGUAUAAAUUACCAGGAGCAAAAAAAGUCAUCCACCAUAGUAGAUGCACCUGCUGUGGCCUGACUUUUGUCUGUGUAGUUUUCUAUUUUGGAUAUGAAACAUUAAAGGAAUUAUUCCAUAAUGAUGAAGACUGGGACGAGAUCCGUGAAAUCCCCAUCAUAAUCAUCGAGUGGGUGAUGCUUCUACUGAUCCUGAUAAACAUCGUGACCUAUUAUUCCACCAUGCAGAGGUUAUUGUUGACCGUCUCCAGAAACAGCUGCGAACAGCCAUCCUGAAUAUAGAUAUUUAAAUCCAGGAACUCACAUUUUUUGGGGGACUGAUGCAGCGCUGCCUUUGGAUAUCUCUGGCUCUGCCAUAGCGCUUUUUUUGAGGGGGCGUGUCGGCUGCCCCUUCGUCUGGUGGUCAACACUAGUGUUGCUCGCAAAUAUUCGCAAUGCGCGAAUUCGCGAAUAUUCGCCAA